AUCAAUUUAACACAACAUAUGUUCACCUUUGUAAAGAUGACAGAGAAAAUUACGUUUGUUUUUAUUUGUUUCUUUUUCUGCUGUAAAUUUCUUUUUGUUGGGACUACAGCAGUAAGUUGUACACCGGCUGGAAACAACCCACAUAUGUGUGGCGAUUUAGAAGAUGUGACACAGUGUAUUAUGUAUCCAAGCAAAAUCAUAAAUUGCACCGCAAAAAACAAAUGGCCAUUUUGUGAUGUGACGAGAAAAAUUUGUGUUAAAAUUGGUACCAGGUGUAAACCAAAAUGCUGCGAUAAAUGGACGAUGAUAAAUGGCAAAUGUUCAAUUAAAGCAGGUCAGCAUGACACGACAGAUGACAAGACAGAUGAUGUAAAACACAGAAUUAAAGUUACAGCACCGACGAUUGUUAUUCUAGUUGUAGUCGCAGUGAUGUUGGUCAUUUUGAUAGUGUUGGUGGCUUUGAUUAAACUCGGUAAAGCAGGACAAUACCUGACUCAUAGCAGAUCGCCACAUAUCAGACAAAGAUCUAUCCAAAGAACACAAGAAAACGCAACUGUGUUUACAGUUUACAACAACGAACCACCACCAUAUGAUGUUGUCGUUAAUCCAAAUCUUCCAGAAUAUAGUCCACGUGAUAUACCACCAUUAUAUAGAGAAAAGGAAGACACACAAAGAUGAAGCUUGUUUUUUCAAGUGAUGGAAUUAUAAUUGUCGCCUUCCUAGAUUGCUUCCAAUUGUACACAUAAUUUGUUUUUCUUAUUUUUCUUUAUAUCAUUUGCAUAUAAAAGUAUAAAAAAGAUGACACAUAUAACAAUCAAAUGCAUAGCGGUUUCUAUCAUCAGAAUUUUGAGUUAUA